AUGUCCAAAGAAGCCGGCUGUGAUGGAGUGGAAAUCCACAGUGCCAACGGAUACUUGCUCGAUUCCUUUUUCCAAUCUACAUCCAACACAAGGACCGACCAAUAUGGCGGCAGCAUGGAAAAUCGCGUGCGGAUCUUGACAGAAGUUGUGGCUGGCAUUGUCGAAAGUGGGGCCUACCCGGCCAAUCGCAUCGGAUUCCGUCUCUCGCCAAACGGAGUCUUUGGAGGAAUGGGAUCCAAAGACAAUCCGGAAAUGUUUGAAUUCAUUGCCAAGACUAUGAACAACUAUGAUAUGGCCUAUUUGCACAUCAUGGACGGACUUGGAUUUGGAUACCACGAAAAGGCUAGGGUAGUUACAGCAUUUGACAUGAAGAAGCAUUUUGAUGGUCCGGUGAUUGCCAAUGUUGGGCUUACAAGGGACAAAGCAGAGGGAAUGAUCCGUUCGGGUACCGCGGAUUUGGCAUGCUUUGGAAGACCGUACAUUGCAAACCCUGACUUGGUCGAUCGAUUUGCCAAUGACUGGCCCUUGGAUCCAGAAUCGGAACAUGAGAAUUGGUGGUAUCCAACUGGAUCCAAGGGAUACACAGACUACAAGAACUACAAGAAUUAA